AUGAUUCAGCUUUAUCAAAUGAUUCAUUUCACUGUCUUAUUUGUUUUGGUUUCGGGUGAAUGUAUGACUGAGCUGUAUAAAGACAUAUACUUUCAGGGAGGAGAUGUGGCUACCGUUUUUACACCGAAUGCCAAGUACUGCCAAAUAGUGUGUACCUAUCACCCAAGAUGUUUGCUAUUCAGCUUUCUGCUUGCAAGAUCAACUCAAGAUACCAGUAAAUGGUUUGCCUGCUUCCUGAAAGACAGUGUCACAGAAACAUUGCCAACAGUGAAUAUGACGGGAGCAAUCUCUGGGCAUUCCUUUAAACAAUGUCAACACCAAUUAAGUGCAUGCCACACAGACAUCUACAAAGGAUUAGAUAUGAAGGGGAUGAACUACAAAUCCUCUGUUACCACAAGUGUUCAAGAAUGUGAAGACAGAUGCACCAACGAUGCCCAUUGUCACUUCUUCACCUAUGCCACGCGGAUGUUUCAUAGUGAGACCCAUCGCAAUGUGUGCUUAUUGAAAUAUAGUACAACAGGAUUCCCAACAAAAAUAGAGAUGCUUGAGAAUGUGAUAUCUGGAUUCUCACUGAAAUCUUGUGCAAUUUCUAAAAUGGCUUGCAUCCGGGACAUCUUUCCUAAUACCGUUUUUGCUGACAUCACUGAAGACAGUUUUUUCACUCCGGAUCCUUGGGUGUGUCAACGCAUUUGUACUCAUCAUCCCAAAUGCCUUUUUUUUACAUUUCUUUCCAAAGAGUGGUCUACAGAAUCCGAAAGAAAUCUUUGCCUCCUUAAAACCUCCCAAAGUGGAAUUCCAAGUACACGUAUCACUAGAAAGAAUGCCUCUUCAGGUUUUAGCCUGUUAAGUUGCAGACACAGUGUUCCAGUAUUUUGUCAUGCCUCCAUUUAUUACAACACUGAUUUCUUGGGAGAGGAACUGGAUAUUUUCGAGGUCAAAGAUCACAGUGCCUGCCAAGAAAGGUGCACAAACACCAUACGUUGCCAAUUUUUUACCUACUCAUCACCUGGAGAAACAUGCAACAAAGAAAAAGGCAAAUGUUAUUUGAAAAUGUCUUCAAAUGGAUCCCCAACUAAAAUACUUUAUGGAAAGGGAGGCAUUUCUGGUUACACUUUAAGGCUAUGUAAAAUGGAGAAUGCAUGCACAAACAAAAUAAAAGGAAAAAUCGUUGGAGGAACUAAUGCAGUUCUUGCUGAAUGGCCAUGGCAAGUAAGCUUACACAUCACAUCACCUAUUCAGAAACACCUGUGCGGAGGAUCCAUCAUUGGAAACCAUUGGAUAUUAACAGCUGCCCAUUGCCUUGAAGAACUAGAGGCUGCUACAGAUUUACAUGUCUAUGCUGGCAUAGUCAACCAAUCUGAGAUACAAGAAAAUACUCCAUUCUUCAGAGUUCAAAAGAUAAUCAUUCAUGAUAAAUAUGAAAUGGCAGCAUAUGGGUAUGACAUUGCCUUGUUGAAAGUUGAGGCUCCUAUUAAUUAUACUGUUCUCCAGCAACCCAUAUGCCUUCCUUCCAAAGAAGAUGGAAAAACAAUAUAUGAUGAUUGCUGGGUAACUGGUUGGGGAUAUACCAAAGAAAGAGGAAAAGUACAAGACACUCUUCAGAAGGCUUCUGUUCCUCUGAUAACAAAUGAAGAUUGCCAGAUGAGAUACAGAGAACACAAAAUAACCAAUUGGAUGAUCUGUGCUGGUUAUAAAGAAGGCGGGAAAGAUGCUUGCAAGGGAGAUUCUGGAGGCCCCCUGUCCUGCAAGCAUAAUGGUAUAUGGCAGUUAGUGGGUAUAACCAGUUGGGGGGAAGGCUGUGCUCGCCCGGGACGUGCUGGUGUUUAUACCAAAGUGGCUGAGUAUGUGGACUGGAUUCUAAAAAAUACCUCAACAUGA